AUGUUGGCACGUUCAAAGUUAAACGGUUGCCAUUCGGCAUUAAAGUUGCUGCAUACAAUAAAAUCGGAUGUUACUUCAGAUCAAGUACUAGUGCAUUUUAACCCUCAAACUCCAAUUGUACUGACAACGGAUGCAAGUGAUAACGCUAUUGCUGGCGUUCUUUCACAUAAUAUUGGUGGUAAUUUAAGACCAAUUUCUUAUGUUUCUGCAUCUGCACGCAUGCAGAGGUGGUCAUUAAUUUUGUCAGGGUUUAAUUAUUCCGUUGAGUACAUAAAAGGGGAUUCUAAUAGUGCUGAUGGACUCUCUCGUAUGCCACAACAAAGUUCAGCAAAAGAUAUUAUUGAAAGUAAUUAUAUAAACCUAAUAGAAUCAGAUGACAAAUUUGCUAUUAAUUUCAAAACGAUUGCACGGGAAACUAGACGAGAUUUAAUAUUAUCUAAAGUAUGUGAAUCUGUUCGUAAAGGAAAAGUUAAUGUAUUGCACAACGAAGAUUUUACGCCUUACAUAAACAAAUGUACCGAACUUUCUGUUGAAUAUGAUUGCCUUUUAUGGGGUUAUCGUGUUAUCAUUCCAAUGAAACUUCGAAAAGUAGUACUUAAUCAACUACAUGAGUCACAUCUCGGCAUAGUUAAGACAAAGGCUAUGGCGAGGUCCUACGUUUGGUGGCCAGGUAUAGACAAGGACAUCGAGAAUAUGAUAAAAUCUUGUACUUCUUGUCAACAACUUUUAGACUCCCCUGAGAAAAGUUCAUUGAUACCAUGGACGCCAACCGAUUCUGUUUGGAGUCGCAUUCAUGUAGAUUUUGCUGGCCCGAUUAAUGGUGUCUAUUUAUUUAUAGUUAUAGAUUCCUUCUCCAAAUUUGCAGAGGUCUUUUUGACCAAAGAGAUUACGACUUCAUUUACAGUUGCAAAACUCAGGGAACUUUUUUGUUGA